CGUGUUCUGCAUCAUACGGCGGCUGACUAUUUUUCACAUUUUCAUGAUGGCGGAGGACAGUGAAUCCGCGGCCAGUCAGCAGAGCCUGGAGUUGGACGACCAGGAUACAUGCGGGAUAGACGGAGACAACGAAGAGGAGAAUGAGCAUAUGCAAGGGAGUCCAGGGGGAGAUUUGGGGGCCAAGAGGAAGAAGAAGAAGCAGAAGAGAAAGAAAGAGAAGCCAAGCUCCGGAGGAACCAAGUCUGACUCUGCCUCCGACUCUCAGGAGAUAAAGAACCCUGGCUUGCCCAUUCAGAAACUGCAGGACAUCCAAAGAGCCAUGGAGCUGCUGUCCUGCCAGGGUCCGGCCAAGAGCAUCGAUGAGGCAGCCAAGCACAAGUACCAGUUCUGGGACACACAGCCUGUGCCCAAACUAAAUGAGGUGGUGACGAGCCAUGGGCCAAUUGAAGCUGACAAAGAGAACAUCAGACAGGAGCCAUAUUCCUUACCUCAAGGCUUUAUGUGGGACACUCUGGAUCUCAGCAAUGCAGAUGUACUGAAGGAGUUGUACACACUGCUAAAUGAAAACUACGUGGAGGACGAUGACAACAUGUUCAGAUUUGAUUAUUCACCCAACUUUCUCAAAUGGGCGUUGCGUCCUCCUGGCUGGUUACCACAGUGGCAUUGUGGAGUGAGAGUAUCCUCAAAUAAGAAGCUGGUUGGGUUCAUCAGUGCCAUCCCUGCUGAUAUACACAUCUAUGACACGCUGAAGAGUAUGGUCGAGAUCAAUUUCCUGUGUGUUCAUAAAAAGCUGCGUUCAAAGCGCGUUGCUCCAGUCCUUAUCAGAGAGAUCACACGGAGGGUGAACCUGGAGGGAAUAUUCCAGGCUGUCUACACAGCAGGAGUGGUACUGCCCAAACCUGUGUCCACAUGCAGGUAUUGGCAUCGCUCUUUGAACCCCAGAAAGCUUGUUGAAGUGAAGUUCUCCCACCUGAGCAGAAACAUGACCCUGCAAAGAACCAUGAAACUCUACAGACUACCAGAUAGCACUAAGACUCCAGGUCUGCGGCCAAUGGAGAGGCGUGACAUACGGCAGGUCACUGAGUUGUUACAGAAACACCUGAGACGUUUCCAGCUGGCACCCUCUAUGGGAGAGGAGGAGGUGGCUCACUGGUUCUUGCCACAGGACAACAUCAUAGACACAUAUGUAGUAGAGGGUGCUGGUGGCGUACUGACAGAUUUCACUAGUUUCUACACUCUGCCCUCUACCGUGAUGCACCACCCCCUGCACAGGAGUCUGAAGGCUGCUUACUCUUUCUACAGCGUACAUACACAAACCCCGCUACUGGACUUAAUGAAUGAUGCACUGAUCCUGGCUAAACUGAAAGGCUUUGAUGUAUUCAAUGCCUUGGAUCUAAUGGAGAACAAGGUGUUUCUGGAGAAGCUCAAGUUUGGCAUUGGAGAUGGGAAUCUGCAGUAUUACCUCUACAACUGGAAAUGUCCCCCUAUGGACCCUGAUAAGGUUGGCCUUGUACUUCAGUAGCUAGUCGGCUCACGGCUGCUACACACACACUGAUCAAGAGGUUGGCAGUGACCUCUGGAUAUUCCUUACCUGGACAUACAGGUAGCCCAAGCUAGACAAUGAGAACUACAACAAUAAACCCAACCUGGUGACUGGGAGGCUCACGUCGUGUUAAGCAGCUCUCCCAGCGCUUGUGUCAUCGAGAACAUUCUCUCAGCUCACCUGGAGCUGAAAACAAAUCAUCAACAUCCUGAAUGUGAAAUCAUGCUAUGCCUGAGAUACUCAUACAGUACAGUGCUCCUGACAGACUUCACACACACACACACACACACACACACACACAUGUUGGCGAUACAAGAGGAUAGCUUGACAUUGUGAAUUUCGUUUUCCCCUAACAAACCCAUGUUUCUAGCAAUAGAAAAUGUCAAAAUACAUUUUUAAAAAAUGCCCAGAUGAUUAUUUGUUGAAUACCUGUAUGUUUUAUUUAAGAAGGCAGUACGUAAAUUAUUAUUCCUAUCCCUGAGUUUCUCCAUUGGAUACUUGGAUCAGACAACAAAUGACUUGUUACCUUGCAGCUAGUGGUAUUGAUUGGUUUGAAUAAGAAAUGCUAACAGACUUUCUACUUAAUGUCAUGCAUACAGCUAAUGAUGAAAAAUACCAGAUUAAACUUCAGAAUGACAAGCUAUAUCUUUAGGCAUGUACACACAUACAUGAACACACUUAUCUACAAGCUCCACACAUCCACAAAGAGGAUAUCUUCAAGGAGAGACUCAUCCAACUGGUGCAUUGACAUACAUGUUUUUGUUAAAAAUAUAUAGUUACCUGUACAUUUAAAGCCAGAUCAUAUUUAUUCCUGUAGUGUGAGUUCGAGGUUUUGGAGGACUUAUCCAAAGUAUUUUCCUCAAAAGUAGUGUAGAUGUCAUUGACUUUGGAGUUUGUACAGACAGUUGAGACAACAUGGGUUUUAGGGAUUUUUAAUGAAGAAUGUAUUGCAUCGAUGAAGCACAAUUUUUGAGUUCUCAAACAAGCAAAAGGGCCCUUGAAGGAUUAGUUGGCCCAGAUUUCAAAACAGACGGGCUGUGCUAGGUACAACCCUAAUUUUACAAACAAGGAAUGUGAGUUGUUAAUAUGUUGUAAGCCUGUCUCCAGACAGGAUAGUUUGAAUAAAACACCACUGUUGUGCACAUGCACAUUUUUGCAAUGACAUCCUCAGACAGUUUUCAUUGUGCAUGUUGAAGGUUUGUGCUAUCCAAAUGGAGCAGAAACAGCUAUUUGACGAGUUUUCCAAGCAAGGAUGUUAAAUGUUAUGCAAAAAGUAGUGCUUGCAGAAUAAUUUAAGAAUGAUGUGCAGGCAGUAGGACAAAACAAAGGCAGACUUGAUUUAAAAUGUCAGUGGUGCUGUCUGGAGAUGGGCUCAUAGCAUAGUAACAGCUUACUUUGUUUGAAAUAAAGUAAAAAUCCUCAGUUGUUUACUCACCUUCAAAACAGCCAAGGUGCAUUUUUUGUUGUUGUUAAUUUAGUCAUUGCCACUCACAAAUCACUUUGAAAGAUCUAUCCCUUGUAUUCCACAAUUAAAUUAGAAGCAUUUCUUUUUUAGUUUACUCUGGCAUGUUGAAGGGGGAGGUGGCAGCAGCUUUGUGGUGCGAGAAGUGAGCUUGUGACCACUCUGAAUCCCAACAUUUGAAAAAAACUUUGAUGUGGAAAGUGCACAACUACUUUCUAUGUACUCUUGAACAAAGCUGUGAUUCCCCCACUCGUCUAGUGAAACUACUGAUUGGCCAAAAGUACCAGACUGUCAUUCUCAGCUUUCCACGUACAAAUGUGUGUAUGUAGGCGAGCAUCCAUUCCCUCACCCAGGAAGCUGAAUGUGUUCUUAACCAACUCUCUUGUUUAAAUUACUUAAGAAUUGAGCACAAAAUUCAAAGGACUUGGGAAGUAAUGUUCAGCAGCACCCAGUCAGUGCAGUGGUUGAAUAUACAAAAGCCUACAAUAUAUAUCACUCAGUGAUUGUAUUAAUGCGGGGAAACAAGUACUUUCAAAUUUGAGCUAUCUUUUUUUUUCCCAGGUGCAUUUUUAUUGACUGAAUUUGCUUUGAAUGAUACUGUAUUUGCGUGUCUGAAAAAUGUAGGUCAUUUUUUUAGAGUGUUGUGCAGCUAAUUGUGUGAAUUUCUUUGAACAGUUCUGAUAUUUAUAAUUGUACUUUGUUAAAUGUUUUACAGUAUGGUUCCUGUCCUGUUUUUCAGUAUUUGCUUAAAAUGUCCAGCUCCAAAGGAAAGAUCAAAAGAUAAAGGUUAAUGGUUUGGAGUAUUUGGCAGCUUCCUGUGUUACGAUUCACCAGCAUGAGGACUCUUGGCGAAAACCAUUCAACAACUGUCCUGUGUAUGCUGCCUGUUAUUGUCAGACUGCUCGUUCACUGAUGGAGCUGCUGAAGUGUGCUGGUACACUCAAAGAUCACAUGAUGUCGGAAAAUGCCCUUUCCUGCUCUGUCGGAGGUUACUGCUUUAUGUUCAAUGUUGCUGUUAAUGUGGCUCUGCAAAACUAAGAGGUCAAGGCUGCUGCCAUCUGAUGUUCAAAUCUCUUUUUCUGUAUGUGAUGUCAUUUGUUCUCAUCCCUUUAUAGAUUAGCAAGAUAAAGACAAGUGCAGUGAGAUACAGUAAUACUAUUCCAUAACCAGUGCUUCUGGGCUCAGCGGUUUAUAGUUCAUUGGUGAGUAAUUGACAUUCACAAAGAAGGAUGUUACACCACUGGCAUAAAUUUAACAAUGAAAAUGAGAAACAGGCUUUUGAGUCAACGGCGUGCCUCUCGGAUGUGGACUGUGUCACGGAUGUGCUGUUUGAAUGAACUAUUAAGCAUGUGUCAGUUUUACUGCCGUGAUGAUUUUAGAAUUGUUGAUAUUUCUAGCCACACCCUUUAGUGAGAACUCAAGUACCUGCCUUAUUUAAAAGAUUUUUUUUUUUUUUUUUUUUUUAAAGGA